CAAACGCCUCGGCGUCUGGGAAAUGAAGCCAUACGAAAAAGAUUCCAGAGACUGGGAUAUUUAAGUUCUGGACGCAGGUUUGUUCCUGUGGGGCUCAUUCAGUCAUUUUAGUAUCCACUAUAUCUCUUAGAAUUGGCACUAAUAACAAUUUUUAAAAGGUGUUUUGAACUUUUUGUUUCAUCAAGAAAAUCCUGCAAAAUGUACUGCGUCGGAUGCGAACAGUGGUCAAGUGUGUCCUUCUUCAUAGAGCGGUGUGGAAAGAUUUUACUUUGAAAGUGAUGCCAAACAAUUACUGACGCUACCUCUAUAUCAUUAAUGAUCUGGCUAGUAUUUCACGGAUUUUAUUAUUAUAUCUUCCGAAAUUAAUUAUCACAACAAUCACCAGCUUCCAUAAACUCGAAAAGAAUUGAAGGGUGGCAGAAACGUAACCCUUCCUUAUGACCGUAUCAAUGUGUAAAUAUGCAGAUACAGGAAGCAUUCAGGGUGAACAGAUGGAAAAGGCUCAUUGGUUGCUGAGAAUUAACCAUUCGUAACGAGGAAAGUAUUCGGCCUAUUAAAACCUUUCUGAACUCCUCGCGAUACGUCAUUUAGUCAGUAAUAACUCGAAAGACUCCGUCGACUAUAGUUCUCUAUGACGCUUGAGAAACAGAAUGAUUGAAGGGACAUGGACGUAUUUGAUUGACAAAGAAAAAAAAGGAAAAUAGAAGAGCGAUGCAUUUUCAUUUUCCAUUGUUUACCGACAGUAUUCAUUAUCAAGACUUACGUGUCUUUAAGAAGUUUUUACUAGCAGUGUGAUCGCUGUUCUUUGCAGAGUAACAAAAAGAAUUGUAUUUCAAGCGGCCAUACAGUUAAAUAUCGUCAUGCGAUUCCGACAUGUUAGAUAUUGGAGAGUGCUGGUUAUAUUGUUUGUUGUAUAUCUUUUUUAUAUUCGGUUUACUGCUGAGGAAAAUCGAAGGAAUAUUUACUGUCUUAAUUUCUUGCAAGAACAUUCAAUAAGGAAAUUGCUUCCUUUCCGACUGUUUCAUUACCCUUUGGACAUCGACUUCAAGAAAUUAGAGGAAGAUAUUACCAACAAGGGUACGGCAGAUGUUGAUCCUAUCAAUGAGUUUCCAUUUUCGUACAAGAAGCCGAUUGAAAAUAUUUGUGAUUCAACGGAAAAUAUAUUUCUAUUGUUUAUGGUCAAAUCAGCACCUGGAAACUUCGAUCAACGACAAGUGAUUCGAGAAACAUGGGCUAAUAAGCUGUACUUUGAAUACGAUAUAAUCAGACAUGUGUUUUUGCUUGCAAAAACAAUGAAUGAAACAAUAUAUGACCGUCUUUCACAUGAGGAAGAGAUGCAUCAUGAUAUCCUAGAAAUGACUUAUGUUGAUGAUUACUACCACAGUGCAUACAAAACAACAGGAGGCAUCAACUGGUGUGUCAAAUAUUGCCCUACAGCCAAGUUCGUAAUGCUUGCGGAUGACGAUCUUUAUGUUGCAACUGAUCACAUUCUAGAUUACCUACAUGGAUUGCCACACGAGAUCUAUCGGUCUCUCUUUGUUGGUAAGGUAGGGUUUCCGGAACCACAGAGGUGCCCAGAAGAUAAAUGGUUUAUGUCCAUUGGAAAUUAUUCUUUCGAAAAGUACCCAAAUUUUGUCAGCGGAGGGGCGGUAAUCAUGUCAAUGGACUUCGCUAAAAGACUGAAAAUUGCUAUUCCGUUUACAAAACAGUUUAAGUUUGAUGAUGUUUUUCUAGCAAUUGUUGCUUAUAAACUUGGUGUUAAGCCGAUUAAUCAUUCGGGAAUUCACAUCUCGCCCGCUGUAUCCUGCAAUGACGACAAAUUCGAAACUGCGUUAGUCUCUCAUGGGUAUGAAAACCCAAAUAAGCUACGGGCCGCGUGGGCUUUCCACAUACAUCCACAUACGACAAAUUGUAGCAUUUUAAGCCAGAAUUAACGUGUAAGAACUGCUUUUGCUCACCUCCUCUGGUUUCAAUAACAUCGGUCUGGCCCGGUUUCACUAGCUUUCCUAAACUCAUUAAAGCCCUUAACUCAUACUCAACCAAGUUAAACAUUAAUUGAUUAAUAUCUUAGCUAAGUAAUUUCUGUAUUUUUUACUUAUAAGAAAUAAUGCUAGAGAAUGUUGAUAAAACUGGGCGAGGUAGUCUAUCAAAGGCUAACUGUCCAGUUUGAAUGCAAAGUAUAUAGGCAGAUAACUGCCUUUUAUGUCAAACAAUGUCUGCUGUGUAUGUUAAAGCACGAAGGGUAUUGAUACAAUUUAUAACUGCUGUAUAGUGUAGUAUGCUUUGAAUGCUUUGCACAAGUACAUUAAUUACAGUUGUACGAAAUACGAGUAUAAUUUGGUCUCAUUUGAAAAAGGACAAAAUCAUUUUGAAUUUUAAUGACAACGUGCCUUGUUUUCCGAAGUUGACAUUGAAGCUUGUAAUAUAGAUUUUAAACAACAAUUUA